AUGUUGGAUCAGCUCUCGGUUCUAUCAACCUGUGAGAGGCAGCGUAUCGCCGGGGACCAAGGGGAUGAGACUUUUCUUGGUGGACAAGACGAGCAGCAGAGCGGAUGCCCAGAAGAGAGUGACGACGUGCCCGACGUUCCCAAGUCCUGGAUUCUCCCGCCUUCCGCCGAUGUUGGCAACAAGCGGUUUCACGAUGCCCUGGAGACCAAACCCCCGUCAGGGGGUGAGGGUCCAACAGCCGAGUCACAUCCUCCCGACAGCCUGGACCCGACUGCUACGCGGCAGCAUGGCGAACAUACACCGAAAACCUUACCAGAUGAGAAGCCAGACAAUAGACGAGAAGAAGCUGGUUUUGGAGGUGAGUCCCAAGACGGCGGUCUAGAUGAUGUUGAUGAUUACCUGGACGCAGAACAGCAGAGCCAGGACCACUCAGGCCUGCGGUCUCCUUACGGACACCCGCCGUCCACUCUAGACAAGGAACUUGCGUUGUCCGGCGAAUUGUCGGACGACAGCUCUUCUUAUUAUUCUGGCGCUACAUCACUGGAUGUCUCGCACGUUCCUGAGGACGAUCUCUCCCGUUGGACCUCUUCAAGCGAGGAGAAGAACUCCAGCGAGGUGCCGGCCGGCCAGUCCUCAACGCAGCCUCAAAAAUGCCUAGGCGAGUCAGCAGGUGAUAGCAAACGGUGUCGGAAACCUGAGAAGCCGUCUCAUGCUGGCUCAUCUGACCCGGUUAGAAUCGAUGGGCGAGUGGACGGCGGAGACGAGGAAAAAGACAACGAGGAUGACCAGGCGCUUGAGCCAUCAGCCGCCGCUUUACCUUACACUCCCAAGGAGACCGGGAAGCAAGGGGGGGAUCCUGGGAGAAAAUCCGGAGAGGUACCCUCCCCGGACACAGGGAGCCCAUCGCGCGCGCGCUCGCCGGCUAUCGGACGACCAGCCCUCUCGGUUUCCCCUCCCACGGCAACGUGCGGAGCCGAAGACCGCCCACCUCCUCUGUUUCUGAUCCUGAGCGACGAAGACGCCCGCUUCGCCCCUUUUUCCGGAGAGGGUGCCCCCCGGCCCGGCGAGUCCAGGACGGAUGUCAUGGUGCGGGACCAGAUCGCUCGGUGCGAGGCGAUCCGCGGGCAGCCCUUGAACGACGAGGAGAAAGAGGUCAUCCGUUCUUACUACAGGGAGAUGAACCAGCGGCGCGCACCCCGGGAGACCAGCGAGCCGACAAAAGUCCACUCGGUCGCCGAACUGGCCAAGCUCGAGGACCUUGCAGGACCGCCAGGAUCCAACUCGGAGGCUGAUGGCAGCAGCAAUCGCGGGAUUCACGGAGGGUCGUCUCCGGCCUCCGAUGGGGGGGUACCCGGGGUUACCAACGAUGACUAUGACGACGACAGCAACACAGUCCAGCCUUCCAAGCUCCUAAACAUGAUCCGGGAUCUCGAGGCCCGCUUCAAGGACGCCGCGGGUCAGCUCAUGCGGGAGAAACAGGAGACGGAGAAAAGGCUUGAGAAGUUAGAGAAGGAGCUCCAAGAUGUCAGGGCCGUCCUCAACGAGCCUGCUGUCGGUGGGAGUGGUUCCGACUCGGGUGCGGCGGGAUACACGCAUGCGUGGGGCGGACAGGCCCUGCAGGCAAACGGCCUCAGCUUCACCCCUACCCUCGUUGUGGCCGCCAUGGUGGCGCUGGUCUGGCUCGUGACCGAGGCUAUGCUGCAUAGCAAGCGGCUGUCGGACGGGUACGGCCCGUUCAUCAACGGAGGCUACAAUGGGUUGGCCAGUGUGGUCGUUUUUGGCACGUGGACCCAGUUCAUCCUCUUCAUCAUUGUCUCUACGUACUUGGGAGUUGUUUCGGUUCUGGGGACACUGAGAAGGUGA